AUGUCCACUACUAUUGAAACAAGUUUGAAAAAUAAAAUCAGGGAUUCCGUGGAAAUCCCGGUGCUGACGAGAUGCUGUUUUUGCUUCCCACUCCGGAAAGGCCUUAUCGCUUUCGCCUACAUAAAUUUGAUACUGACAGUAGUAGUGACAUCUUUCCUGUCCUUCUACAUAUCAUACAUCAGAAAUGCCUCAGAGUCUGAUCAAGCGGCUUUGGCGCUGGAGUAUGCAAGACUAAUAGCUGAUGUUGUCGCUUUAAUUGUUGAAGUGAUUAUGACUGUUGCCUUCAUCGUGGCUUUACAUAGAAAACAUGUCCUGCUCAUGAAGGUUUAUCUGUACUUUGAGAUAGUGUAUUCCAUCUUUGGAUUCAUAUACAGCCUCGCAUUCUUGACGAAGGAGACUGCCAGUGAACUGUUCCUGGUGUUAUUCCAACUGAUGCUUCAAAUUUACUUGGUGAUCUUAAUAUGGAGUUCAAUAGUGAAGAUGAAAAGAGAUGGUUCAGUCAAAUACUCAAGAGAGACGAAUGUCGCCUGA